AUGGCGUCCACGAUAGAGUCCCUCAAGGCCACCCUCGAGCAAGCCAUCCUCGACCCGCGAUACCAUGACCUCCUCUCCCUCGUCAAGACGGCGCGAAACGGAGCCGUUUACGGCGCCAAAGUCCGAUUUCCUCAUGCGCUCGUCAUGGUCUUUCUCUUCCGAUCCGGAACCUUCCGCCAAAAAUGCCAACUCGUCUUCCGCGCAACCAAGAAGCACGCCUCCAACCUCGCCCGCUUCGCCACCAUCUACAAGCUCACCAUGCUUGCGCUGAAAUACUACGGCCCUACCCCAGGCAAAGAGGGCCCCUACGACUCCUUCUUCGCCGGCCUCCUCGGCGGCUACAUCGUCUUCGGCCAGCGCUCCCCGCGCACCGGCAAGGUCUCGAGCGUCAGCCAGCAAAUCGUCAUCUACAUCUUCGCACGCGUCUGCCUCGGCCUCGCCAAGAUCGCCGUCAAGCCCGGCGCUACGCCGCUACCCUGGGUCGCCGACGAGCCGCUGCGCACGCGCAUCCACGAGGUCGCCUGGCCCGCCUUCGCCGCCGUCUCAUGGGGCGCCGUCAUGCUGCUCUUCAAGAACCACCCAGACGAGCUGCAGAGCAGCCUGCGCAGCAGCAUGACGUACAUCUAUAAGGACUGCAACAGCUGGGACUCGCUGCGGACCUGGGUGUGGCACAACAAGUAA